AAGGCCGCCCUAUGCUUCCUCGCGUCUUUAUAUUCCUCGAUCCAUCCAUCACCUUCGUAGGAAAGGAAAGCGAUUUUCCUGAUCGUGAUCGGCGGCCACCAACCAUAUUGAUCGUCGUUGGCCACCUUGCUCCUCCUCCUCCUCCGCCGUCUCACUAGAGCAAUGAUAAAGCUUUUUAAACUUAAGGACCAAAAGCGGCAGGAUGCAGCAAAUUCCAGUGGAAAUGCUCCUGCCAAGAAGCAAAGUGCUGGAGAAUUGCGUCUUCACAAAGAUAUUAGUGAACUCAAUCUGCCUAAAAGCACUAUCAUAUCAUUUCCAAAUGGCGAGGAUGAUCUGAUGAACUUUGAGAUCAGCAUCAGACCUGAUGAAGGAUACUAUCAGGGGGGUAGAUUUGUUUUCACCUUCCAAGUAUCUCCUUCUUAUCCUCAUGAGCCACCAAAGGUUAAGUGCAAGACAAAGGUUUACCAUCCUAAUAUUGACUUGGAGGGAAAUGUCUGCCUGAACAUUCUGCGUGAAGAUUGGAAGCCUGUGCUUAACAUUAAUACUGUUAUCUAUGGCUUGAUUCUUCUUUUCAUGCAACCAAAUGAUGAGGACCCAUUAAACCUUGAUGCAGCUGCAGUUCUACGUGACAACCCCAGGUUGUUUGCGUCAAAUGUACGAAGGGCAAUGGCUGGAGGGUAUGUGGGUGAAGUCCACUUCCCCAGGUGCAUAUGACAAUGCUAUUAAAUCAGAGCUUCAAAUGCAUGGUAGAGAAUGCAAUAGAUAUAGAUUGGAAACCAUGCGCUUGUCUAAAAGAAUUGUUACUUGUGCUGCUAUAGAACCGUGUAACUCUGUUGAUAUUUGUGUUUGUUUCAUCUGUGUGAUGUAAAUUGGUGAAUUGGGCAUGACGUGUCCAUGGCCAUGCUUAAGAGUACAUCAUUCGGUCAA